AUGUUUGAUCGUCUAGUGCUGAGGGCUGCAUCGGGUGAAUCUCUGCGCUUGGCCCCUCCUCCUCCUCCUCCUCCUCCUCCUGUAGCUGCUAGAUGGAGCUCGCUCCAGACAAGCCAAUGGAUUAUGUGGCAGGGCUUCGAGUCCUUGCACGUAGCCCUGUACUCUUUUGCACUUGUGAAAUUCGUGGUCCUGCGCGCCGACAAGAGUGGACUUGACUGGAUACUGGGACCGUCACUAGUCACUAGGCUGUCCGUGCCCGGGCGGAGCCUCCUCGCCGUCAGUGUGGGCUGGAAGUCCAUGCACUCCUCCCCUCCCCCCUCCCCUGUUCCGGCGCUGCUGUUGAUUGCCUUUUUGAGAAGCGAGGAAAGUCGCGCGACCGUUGAAUCAAACCCAUGCGACGUGCACUGGGUGGACUGGGGUCAGAUUGACACCAUUCUGAAAGAACCGUUUUAUAUUCCGAUUGGUCCCAUGAUCCCAUUCUAUGAGAUGUGGAUGAGGAAUGCCAAAUCCUACGAAAUACCGACAGAGACUUAUGAGGUUGAUCCCAAACCUCAACCCCCCCCCCCCCCUCCCGAUCUCGAGGAGAGUGAUUCGAAGUAUUGUACGAUCCGAAACCAGUCUUUCGAGGAUCUGCGGGUGUGCUAUUCGACUCUGUCCGCCCUCUCAGCGUGCUUGUUGGUACCGGUGCUGGAUCAUGUCCACACCGCCUGCAGUCCAGUCGUCAACAAAACUUGA